AUGGCUUCACCUGCAGUUGACUACGAUGUCCUCAUCGUUGGAGCCGGCAUUUCUGGCAUUACCGCGGCCUACCGGCUUCAGACCGAACUGCCCGAUCUCACCUUUACUAUCCUCGAGGGUCGGGCCACAUUAGGAGGAACUUGGGAUUUCUUUCGCUAUCCUGGCAUCCGAUCAGAUUCGGACCUGUUCACCUUUUGCUUUCCCUGGCACGCCUGGGACCAAGCAUAUCCCAUCGCCGAGGGCGCGACCAUUCUACAGUAUAUCCAACAGGCUGCCUCGAAGCAUGGCAUCGACCGUCGGAUUAAAUUUCAGCACCGGGUGACAAGAGCGUCAUGGUCCUCGUCCGACCAGGUCUGGCACCUGACUGUCGAAUCGCCAGAGGACACAAGCAUCUACCGCUCCCGGUUCUUGAUCCUGGGUACUGGGUUCUACAACUACAGUCAGGCCCUCAAGACCGAGAUCCCAGGGUUACAACAGUUUCAAGGGACGGUGGUGCAUCCUCAAUUCUGGCCUGACGGACUGGAUUACCGUGACCAGAAGAUCGUCGUCAUCGGUAGCGGCGCGACCGCAAUCACCAUGAUCCCCAAGCUGGCCGAGAAGGCAGCGCAUACGACGAUGCUGCAGCGCAGUCCGACCUACAUCGUGUCGAUGCCGAACCGGCAGAUACCCAGUGUGUCUUCCUGGUUGGCACGCUGGCUGCCUCGUCCCCGUUUCUACUGGGUGCAGCGCUUCCUGUCGCUCGUGUACACGCGGCUCUUCAUCCUCUUUUGCGAGCGAUGGCCGCAUUUAGCCCGCGCCUAUCUGCGGUCUCACGUCCGACGCCAGUUACCCCCGGCGGUGGCCUACGACCCGCAUUUUGCGCCGCUCUAUGCGCCGAUGGAGCAGCGGCUGUGCGUGAGCCCAGACGCUGACUUCUUCCGCAGCUUGCAUACAGGUCACGUUGGCGUGGUCACGGACACGAUCGAGACCUGCACGGCCACCGGGAUCCAGCUGCGGUCCGGCCAGCAUCUUGACGCCGAUUUGAUUAUUACCGCCACGGGGCUCCAGAUGCAAUUUGCAGGAGGAGCCCUGCUUGAUAUCGAUGGCGUGCCGGUGGAUCUGUCGUCAAAAUUCAUCUGGAACGGCAUGAUGCUACAGGACGUCCCCAAUGCGGUCGUCGUCAAUGGAUAUACCAACGCGUCGUGGACCUUGGGCGCCGAUGCAACCAUGAUUGCAAUCUGCCGGUUGAUUCAACUCCUCCACGCCCGCGGGCACACCGUCGCUGUGCCACGCGUAGAUCCCCAGGGGCCGCCUCUCACUCCACGGCCCACGUUUGCCCUGACGUCGACGUAUAUCCACGCCGCGGCGCGCUUUAUGCCGCGCGUAGCCGCAGAGAAGCCCUGGCAACGGCGCGAUAACUAUUUCACCGAUCUGUGGUUUGCCAAGUAUGGCGACUUGGAACAGGGGCUCGAGUUCAUCCCCGGCAGCGGGUUCAGCAGGGCCACAACAGGAGGCGGAGAGAAACCGAAGGAGGUGAAGCGCGAUUAG